AUGACUGCAACUGAACUUGAUUCAGUUUGCAAAAUGUUGCUAGUUACUGUUGAUCCUGGUUUGCAAUGUUCUUCAUCCUUCUUUCAGGAGCUCAAGGAUGAAGCUAAGUUGACAAAUAAUCACAGUGCAGCAGAAAGCACUGUCGCUGUUGGCGUGGAGUACAACAGUGGUACUGAUGGCAGCAGUGGUCUGAUUACUAAACACAGAUCUGCCUUUGGGAACAAAAAUGGUACCAAACAUCUGGUGCACAGGUGCACCAUCUGUAAAAAGGCAUUUGGAAAGUUGGAGGACCUGAAGGAGCACACACAUGAGGAGAGCCAUGAAUCUCUGCAUUCCUGCAGCGUAAGGUCCAAAAAACAUCAGUUUAUGCGAAUCUCCACGGAGCAGCGAACAGUGAUGCUAGAUUUCAUGAUAAAACAUGCGGAACUAGCGACUGGGAGAUACACAGGACCAGAUGGAGUCAGACACAAGCAGAAACUUUUGCAACAACUAGCAACAGAGCUCAACAGCCUGCCAAAUGGAACAUCAAAAACAGCGGAUAAAUGGAUGAAGUCCUGGCAAGACUGGAGAAGUGAUGUAAAGGCCAAAGCUUCUCUAGUAAAGAAGGAACUGCAGAAAACAGGAAGAGAACUAAGUACAAAAGCUAAGCCCCUGACCCCUCUUGAGGAGCGGCUUCUUGACUUCUUGGGUCCAUGCACUGUUUAUGGACAUGAAGAAGUACCAGACCCCCUAAACAUAGCGCAUCAGGAUUCAGGUCAGGUCACCCAAAAUGACUCAGAUAACAAAGAUACAAUGGAAAUGGAUGAAUAUGUUGUCCUUCCUGUGGAAGGACUAACCAUAAUGUCUGCAUCUGAUAUUUCAUCAGACUAUAUAUCACCUACUCCGACUACAGCAUCGUUGGCUUCACUAGAAGAAAGUACCCUGUCCUCUACAUCAGGGUUUGUACCUGCUUCACACGUAACUGAAUCUUCAUGUGGUACAACAACUGCGAAGAAGGGCAAAUGCAGUUCUGCAUUGUUGGCUUCACUAGAAGAAAGUACCCUGUCCUCUACAUCAGGGUUUGUACCUGCUUCACACGUAGCUGAAUCUUCAUGUGGUACAACAACUGCGAAGAAGGGCAAAUGCAGUUCUGCAUCGUUGGCUUCACUAGAAGAAAGUGUACCCUCGACAUCAGGUUUCAUACCUGCUUCACACUUAACUAAAUCUUCACAUGCUACAACAACUUCGAAGAAGCGCAAACGUAGUUCUGGUGGUACAUUAACAAAAGAUGAUGAUCCUCUGGUGGAUAUCACCAGACAACAGGUGACGUGCAUGCAGGAGCAAAACGCCAUCAGACGUGAACAACUUCAGUUGGAAGAACGCAGAACUGUUGCCAUUGAAAAUGCAGCUGAGGCGUUUGUAGGAGUCAUGAAGGCACUGGAGGAGUACCUGACGCAUAGGAGAGACAAUGAGUAGUGCAAACUGUGAAAUUUUGCUUGAAUUAUAUUAUAUUCUAAUCAGACAUUGAACUCGAAGCAAGCACUGAUGUAUAAUUAAAAGUUAAAAAUUCACCUCAGAGGUACAAAUCACAUCAUGUCCAAAUGUAUUGAUGUUUUGAUACAAAUAUAUUAAAUCAUGUUUCUACAAA